GAAGCCGAAGUCGAUCGAGUCUUGGGCGUUUACGAACAAACCGACAUCCGGGAUACGAGACGCAUAUCCUUGAGCAAUUGCACCUCAUCACCGACGCAAAAUACAAAAGGCUUUGUUCCGUAGGAUCGUUUUCGAAAAGAAAAUCUCUUCGACGACAGAAACACAGCAAAGCGCCCUCCGCAAAAGUUCCAUCAAGGCUCUAUAAACCUCUCUCACACACACACACACACACACACACACACACACGCUACAAUGAACGUCCUUUCGAGUUUCCGGUCACUUUUCCGACCAUCUCCCUCAAUUACCUCCUCCUCUUCCUCGUCAACAAUCUUCUCAUCAUUAUGGAAACCUUCCUCUCCUUCUUCCUCAAUUCUGACCCGACACGCCGCGGCGCCCUUUUCAAGCACUCCUCGCGCCAUGGCCCGAGACAAGGGCCGUCCUAGGACAGACAAACGGAUAACGCUGAUCCGAUACCACCUCAUGCACCCUAUGACUCCGCGCCCAUUGCGCUUCUCUCGCCUACGCUCGCUGCGCCACUGGACGAUUCACCGUGCCUGGCUCCUGUACCGGCGCCAGCAGCUGCAGGCCAAAGAGCGGUCCCUGGAGCGACAAUACAACUCCAUGCGCGACGCAUGCGAGGAACUGCGCGCCCAUUCGGGGCCCGAGGGUGCUCGCCUUUUCCGCGCGUCCCAGUCCAAGAAGGGCAUCUGGCAGGGCGUGCCUGUCGAGUAUGCCCGUCUGCAGACGGACGGACCGCCGCGGGAUGGAUUCAAUGAGGGAUGGACCAGAUAAGAUACUAAGGGACGAGUUGUUUAUUGCUGGAAUUUUAGGUUCUGGUUUCUAUCUAUAUCCUAAUUUGCGGGAGCCGCGAUGCACGCGCAGGGCUGUGAAGGGGGGUCUUUUCUAUAUGGAAAGAAGAUGGAAGCGAAAAGAAUAGUGAGCUGAGGGGCGGGGAAAAAAAAUAAAGGCGAUUUAGCUGGGGAGAAAAUCAUGGAGCAAGCUGCAAAAGGACCCAAUUGGACUGCAGGGCUUUUCCCUUUCUUUUUCUGGAUGUGUAUAUUAUUAUCUUCUUUUCUUUUACCUUUUUCGUCUUAACGUUUAUAAGCAUUGCAUGUAGAUUUACCUUUAUGAUCUAUAUAUAGCUGGACAAUUGCAUUUAAAGGGAAAUAUCUCUGCUAAAUUCACAUAAGCAAGUCAAGUCGAGUC